UUAGUCUAUCUGAAUCUGUGCGGGAGGGAACCUGCACAUCCACUAGUUAAGAAGGAUUUUGCUUUGCAGACAAGGACAGAGGUAGCAAAUUUAGGAGACAGCUUUUGCAAGACUAUCUGAUCCAAGAUGGCGUUCAAAAUUCUGGCCUUCGCAAUGUUGGCUACAAUCAGCUUCCCGGCUUCAAUAAGAGGAUACAAUUUAGCUGAUUUGAUGUGCUCGGAAUGUGAUUGCAGCCCCCCGCAAAUCAGGCCUAUUCUCUUUGAGAACGGUGUUGCGAUGGACACCCAACCGAUCGAAACGUCUGUGCUCAUCCCAGUCUACCAGACCGUUGGCUCCUAUCAAUCAGUCUGCUACUGUCUGUGCGGGAAAAAGCUGGGAGAACCGUGCAACGAUCGCUACGACUGUCAGGAAGGCUUGUUUUGUACGGACCGUUUUCACAAGGACGCGCAAGGCAAAUGCCGAGGAAAAUGCGGUAAGGAUCCCUAUUUCAAGGAAUGCAAGCUGUACGAACGCUGCGUGCUGACUCGGGACGGUUCCCCGAGCUGUGAGAGAAUGGUGAAACAUUGUAAAGAAAAUCUCUACUUUCCCGUCUGUGCAACCAACGGGGAACGCAACGUGACGUUUACCAACAGGUGUUUCAUGGAGCUUCAUAACAUCGAACUUCGAGACACAGACGUGACCGAAUACAGGCAUCAAACAAAAGGAGCUUGUCCAGGAGAUGCUGGGAGAUUCAUCAUGGGAGCCCCGGCUACUUAAACGGUGAACGUUCGGCAUGAUCUAGGAAACAGGGACUUUUAGAUUCGCACAAAGACAAUGGGGAUUGCUACGAUCGACGUCCUUUUAAUGCACUGCCUUGAAUGGACGUCACACGUAUCAGUCCACGCAAAUCUAAAAGUCCCUAAUAAUGUCUGCUCAUCGACGAAGCAGCUAUUCUUCAUAAAUUUUCCCCACUUUUCUAUAACGCUAAAAUUGUCCUCUCAUCACAAAAACGCGACAACUCGAAAUGAACCAGUUUUAUUUUUGUUUUAAGAUUACUAGUCUGGGUGUUAUUCUAAAUAUUAUGUUAUAUUUAUUUUUUAGCACACACAAUUUGCCAUAACAAAUCUAAACUCAUGACCAGUGACUAAGCGUGCGCCCGUCGAUUGAGGGCGCACUGUAACGUUACAAAAAAGAAAAAAAAAGAAAAAAGGAAGCUCCUUAUUAAAUGAAGGGUUCGGGAUGUUAUUCAGAUUCCAGAAGUAUUCUGUUCUCGUUUUUUUUCACUUGUUCUCUUUCUUCUUCACACGUUUCUCUUUAUUUUCCUUAUUUUGUAGUUGUAAUGAUUUUCAGUUUGUGCCAUGUCAAUUCAUAUUAUCACUAAAAUAAAAGAUAUGAUGAUUUUCAGAAUACCACCCUACAGGCAUAAUACAUACAUCUCAUUCUAUUAAAGGACUCAUUGUAAAAUAGUUUAAUGUAUGGGAACACGAAUGGAUUGAAAUAGUCGUAUUCAACUAAAACCUGUAGAUCUUUAUUGUAAAUCGGUUAGAAAUUGAAAUUAUAAU